CCGACGCGCCUAAAGCCGCCGCUCUCCGGUCCCGCCACCGCCGCCUCCGCCCGCGUCCCCGCCACCGCCGCCGCCUCGGCCGCAAUAGCACCGCCAGCAGCAUGUCUCGAAGGAAGAUUUCGUCCGAGUCCUUCAGCUCCCUGGGCUCUGACUACCUGGAGACCAGCCCGGAGGAGGACGGGGGGGAGUGCCCCCUGUCUAAGCUCUGCUGGAAUGGCAGCCGGAGCCCGCCCGGGCCGCCCGAGCCCAGCGCGGCCGCGGCCACUGCCGCCCCGGCCCCGGCUGCCUCUGCUGCCGCCGCCGCCGCCGCUGCUGCCGCCGCCGCCACGGCCGGGGCCAAGAGGGCGCAGCGCCGAAGGCGGGUCAACCUGGACUCUCUGGGCGAGAGCAUCAGCCGCCUGACUGCGCCCUCGCCUCAGACGAUACAGCAAACUCUCAAGAGGACAUUGCAGUAUUAUGAACAUCAAGUUAUUGGUUAUAGGGAUGCAGAAAAGAAUUUCCACAAUAUCUCUAACAGAUGCUCCUAUGCAGACCAUUCCAACAAAGAAGAAAUUGAAGAUGUCUCAGGAAUUCUUCAGUGUACUGCUAAUGUACUCGGUUUGAAGUUUGAGGAAAUUCAAGAAAGAUUUGGAGAGGAGUUCUUUAAAAUAUGCUUUGAUGAGAAUGAGAGAGUCCUUCGAGCUGUAGGUGGUACAUUACAGGACUUUUUUAAUGGCUUUGAUGCUUUGUUGGAACACAUUAGAACUUCUUUUGGAAAACAGGCCACUCUGGAAUCACCAUCUUUCCUAUGCAAAGAGCUCCCUGAAGGUACUCUUAUGCUCCACUACUUCCACCCUCAUCAUGUGGUGGGGUUUGCAAUGCUGGGGAUGAUUAAGGCUGCAGGAAAGAAGAUCUAUCGCCAGGAUGUGGAAGUGGAACAGGUUGCAAACGAGAAGCUGUGCUCUGAUGGUUCAAACCCAGGCAAUUGUAGCUGUCUUACUUUCCUUAUCAAAGAAUGUGAAAAUACUAACAUCACGAAGAACCUUCCACAGGGAACCUCCCAAGUUCCUGCAGACCUCAGAAUUAGCAUCAACACCUUCUGCAGAGCCUUCCCUUUCCACCUGAUGUUUGACCCCAACAUGUCAGUCCUUCAGCUGGGAGAAGGCUUAAGGAAACAACUUCGAUGUGACACUCACAAAGUGCUCAGGUUUGAGGACUGCUUUGAGAUUGUUUCUCCAAAAGUCAAUGCUACCUUUGAGAGAGUUCUGCUGCGACUGUCCACCCCAUUUGUGAUUAGGACCAAACCUGAGGCUUCUGGCACUGAAAAUAAAGAAAAGGUGAUGGAAGUAAAAGGUCAAAUGAUCCAUGUGCCAGAAUCAAAUUCCAUUUUAUUUCUGGGCUCCCCAUGUGUGGACAAGUUGGAUGAACUCAUGGGCCGGGGCCUGCAUCUCUCAGAUAUCCCUAUCCAUGAUGCCACCCGAGAUGUCAUUUUGGUUGGCGAGCAGGCAAAAGCCCAAGAUGGUUUGAAGAAGAGGAUGGACAAAUUAAAGGCAACUUUGGAAAGAACUCACCAGGCCCUGGAAGAAGAGAAAAAGAAGACAGUGGAUCUUCUGUAUUCUAUUUUCCCUGGCGAUGUGGCCCAGCAGUUGUGGCAAGGGCAGCAAGUGCAAGCCAGAAAGUUUGAUGAUGUCACCAUGCUCUUUUCGGACAUUGUAGGCUUCACAGCCAUAUGUGCCCAGUGUACCCCCAUGCAGGUGAUCAGCAUGCUGAAUGAACUGUACACUAGAUUUGACCACCAGUGUGGAUUUUUGGAUAUUUAUAAGGUGGAAACAAUAGGUGAUGCCUACUGUGUUGCAGCAGGACUCCACAGAAAAAGCCUCUGCCAUGCCAAACCCAUUGCUCUGAUGGCCUUGAAGAUGAUGGAACUUUCAGAAGAGGUGCUGACACCUGAUGGAAGGCCAAUUCAGAUGAGGAUAGGCAUUCACUCGGGCUCCGUGCUGGCUGGUGUUGUUGGGGUGAGAAUGCCACGAUAUUGCCUGUUUGGAAAUAAUGUCACUCUGGCAAGCAAAUUCGAAUCUGGAAGUCAUCCUCGGCGUAUCAACGUCAGCCCAACAACCUACCAAUUAUUAAAACGAGAAGAAAGUUUUACAUUCAUCCCUCGGUCCCGUGAAGAGCUUCCAGACAACUUCCCAAAAGAAAUUCCUGGGAUCUGCUAUUUCCUGGAGGUAAGGACUGGUCCAAAGCAGCCAAAGCCUUCUCUUUCUUCAUCGAGAAUAAAAAAGGUUUCCUACAACAUUGGCACCAUGUUCCUCCGGGAGACAAGCCUCUGAGACCUGCUGCAGAUCAAAGACUCCUUCAAAAAGCACAAGCCCAGAACAUGGGUCACUAUGGAGAGUGGAAAGAGGUGGUUCCUCUCUCAAUGCUUUGCUGAGGACAAGCAGCAGAAUUUCUGUAUUAUGUCAGGCAAUAAUCCUUGAAAAGCUAGAGGGCGAGGGGAAACCAGAUGUGUCCAUCCACAUGAGUGUUUUUGAUCAUUCAUAUAUAUAUAUAUAUAUAUAUAUAUAUAUAUAUAUAAAAAUUAUGAGUAUGGGCCCUUUUAAAAACUAACCAAUAAAUAGACUCCAUGUUUUCUUGUUUGUCAUGCAUAUAGGCAUCUUCCCCUAUAUGUUUGUGCCAUUUUUGAGAGCCAGUUUUGAGUAUAUAUUCCUACAUUUGGUGAAUUGGCAGGUGAGGAAUAUUUUCUAAUUUUCUUUUUCUGAACAGACAUUUCAUACAUAUAUCAUGGUAGUGUGGUAACCUUCCCAGCAGGAAGAAUUGUAACUCAGCAAAAUAUUUUAGGGAUAUUACCUAUUUUUAUACAUAUCUCUUCUUCUAGAUAAUUACAUUUCACAUGACAUUAUUAGAUUUUUGGAAUCUGCUACUGUAUUGAUGGUACAUUAUACUAACCUACUAAUCUAAUAUAGUUUCAUUUAUCUAGAGAGAUUAGUGCUUGGACUGAGAAUACAUAUAACCAAGGAUCUCAGAUGCUGAGAAAGCAUUGUAUGUCUGCUUAGUAAAUAUAUCUUCCAGACUUAACUUAUGGAGCAUGGAGUCCAGAGGAAAUGGAAUUUAUUAGUCGAAGAUGUAUCUGUAACUAAGAUUAAGGUCUUUUGCCAUUUUCUAACACAUAUCAGCUAAAAACAAAUGCUUUGUUACAUUGGACCCUUUUCAACUUAGCACUUAUGCAUAUGGGUAGUUUUUUCAAUAUUAAUCUGCAUUCUAAUAAACAGCAUCCUACUAAAUGACAUGUGAGUAACUUCUCUCCCCUUCCUCAGUUGAUAUUUCCUAAGCUGACUGCCACCCUCAGAAGCACAUUCCUGGACACUGGCAUUACUGACAAAGAAGUGUCAGGACAUUUUGCCAUUUUGCCAAGAAUGUUGUUUCUUAUUGCAUAACACAAAGCAAGAAAAACAUGUGUUUUAUGGCUUUGGGAUUUUUAAAAAAUGUUCUUCUGCAGUUUGCUCAAUGUGGUUUUAAUUUCAUGGAAUCAUCUUCAUGAACAUUAAAGUAGGUCUAAUCUUUAGAAUACAUGAUCACCAUUGUUACAACAGGUUUCCCUCGAAUGUUCUGCUAAAAUGAAGACUUGUUCCCAGUAAUCAACUUUGCAUGAAAAUAUUAUCAUAGCGCACACUGAUAUUAGGAGCACAGUGUGUCCAGAGUUUUCCUAUUUUGAAUCAGCUAUGAAACCUAAAUUUCUAUUGAGGUGAAUGAGCUAGAAGAAUUUGCUUCCUUGAAACCUUGGAGAGAAUGUUUUCUUACUCCAACAGGUGUAUUGAUUGGUAGAUUACGUCUACUGAAUGCAAUGUAUUCUUUCUUCUCUGUUCAGGGAUUUGGGCUGCAUUAUGAUUCAGUUGUGACAUAACUCAGCUAAGGUCUAUGUUAACUAAUUUCCAAUGUAAUCUGUGAGACUUCAUUAAUGUUUUUAAGUUCUCUGUGUCAAUAAGAAAACAUUUAUACAUGUGCCAACUAUUUGUUAUAACUGUGACCCCUUUUAUAAUUUGAACUCAGUUCUCACCUGGGGGUCCACAAGAACAUUAGUGCAGCACUCUUCAUGUGGAGAAUCCAAGACACGGACAUUGAUCUCUCUAAACUCUUGCCUGCCCCAUUCUUCCCUGGGCCUAGCUUUCACUUUUAAACCCUUUGGGAGAGAGGUUCAAGGUAUUCUCGUGAGGACAAUUUACAAAGGAUUGCUUCAAGGGACUGGGAUAUUAACCCACUUCCUUCACAGGGGACAGUGAGAAGUUUACAGCCAGCAUGGGCAGAACAGGCUGAAAGCACCUCAGUUCUCAUGGCAAUAUUAGAAAAUGCCUGAGCUGUGCUCAGGGGCUUCUUAAAGCCCAGGUGUGUGGGAGAGAGCCAAGCUCACUGUCAUUUUUGCUUACUCUGUGUGGUAGUUUAGAGCUUAUUAUGAUAUAUUUCAUCAAUAAAUGUCCUGGUGAUAAACAAUGUGUUUUGUAACCAUAAGGCUGAAAAAGACUUCCAGGAAUCAUUCAAUCUGCUUUUUGUAAAGAUUUGUCUAAGUGACUAUUCUAAACACAUGGUUAUUCUCUCUGUACUUAAGAAUAUCUAUAGGAAAUAUCUAUAUUUUAAAAGCAUUCAUUGAAAAUCAACUCCAUUAUCUGGGAACUGGUGAUAGAUAGGGCUCAAGAGAAGAAUUUUUGUAUAUACUCUCAAUUUGUCAGAAGAAUCACAAACUCUGUAUUAGUUUAUAUGAUUUUACAUAGAGAAGUAGCCAUUUAUACUGUCACAAAUGUCACAUUGAAGAACAUGCCAGAGAUCUAUUAUAUAUUGCAGACAGAAUGUAAACCACAUUUUUCAUACUCUAUAAUCUAAAUAUAUUUUUGGAGAUAGUCUGAGGCAAGGUCUAAUCUGUUAUCAUUUGCCAACCUAUUACAGUACAGUAGACUAUUACAGUUACACUGUUACUACAUAUAUUUGCAAGGUACUAUGUAAAAUGUCUCUUCAUUCUAGCUGUGAAAAAAAAAGCAUUUAUUUUUAUUCAUCCUGCAAAAUGCAGUCCACAUCCCCUACCUUGGGAAAUGUGACUAUAACAAGUGAUGGCAUUUUUUUUGUCUAAUAUUGUUACAGUAGUCUCAUUUAUUUACAAACUGUUAGAAGCAUCAUGCAUUUUAGUGUGGCAAAUUAAAAGGAGUUUAAGUGAUGUCCACUUAGAAGCCAAGUGAUCUUAAGUUCAUGUAAUGCAUUUAACUCAUUCCAGAAGGAAUAUUAAAAUAUAACCUGGCACCCGUAGCUUCCCUGUUUUAAUAUUGUUAAAAACAGCUGAUUUAGAGAAGGCCCUUUUCAACUACCCAUCAGUAUCAAGGUUUCACACUGGCAUUAGGAUCAUUUUGAUGGAGAGAAUGCCGAUCUUUACAAAUAAAUCAAUAAUUAAAAGAAAUCAAAAUCCCCACAUAUUUACUCAGAACUUACUGCACAGUGUCUGCUUUGUGAACCUUAAUAAUCAGGUAACAUCAGCCAUAAUAAAAGGGUAAUAUGGCCUCAGAAACACAUCAGUUGGGUCUUUUUACUGUGUAACAUGACUCAACUUUAUAAAAUCUGCCUCUAUAUUCAUCUUUUCUGUUAUAUUUUAAAUUAUUUGGGGAUUCCCUUUUAAUACCUUAUUAUGUGUGAAGUCCAGUGAGCUGUGACCUACUGUGACUCUGAGACAGUGCUGGUGCCUGAGAUUGGGGAAUGGGUGUAUGGAUUCAGCACUUCAAAUGCUAGUUCUCAUAGUCUCACACUUCCUCCUUUCCUCCAGUGACAAUGGUGUCAGGACGGUGUGAAAGUGUAUGCCUCUCCAGAAUAAAACAUAGCAGAAUAAGAUGAUAACAAACAAGAUCUCAUUCACAAGAGCAGCAAGACUUUCAAGUUUAUAAAUUCCUCCAGAGUGUUCCAUCAUACAGCAAAAAUAAAUUGAUAGACAAAAAACCCACAGAGAAUUUGGAAAACCACAACCAUUGUGUUUUGUACAAAAUUGUAUUGCUGCCAACCAAAAUAGUGUGCUGAAGUUGUGAAGUAUCAGGAGGAAGCUCAGGAUUAUGACCAUCAUUGACUAUAUUUGUUGCAGGCUCCUUGGGUUCCUGACUUAUUGAAAGCAAGUGUUGUGGAUGAUUAGGGCAGAAAGUAAAACUUCUAUAAAUAGGUUUCUUCUUGUGCAUUUUUUGCAAGACCAAGCCUACCCCUGAGCCUCUCUUACAUCAUACCAUCACGAGAAACAAUCUCACCCCCUCAAGCCUGACUGCACCAAACACCAUUGUCUCUCCCCACUUUUGAACCUGAUGUGACCACAGAAAGAGUUGCUGAUGCUUGAUUCAGGUAGAUGAAGCCACCUGGUGCCAGGUCUGAGUAACAAUGACUACCCUUUGUCAAUAUGCUGGGGCACUGCUUACAUCUGCAAUUUCUCCUCUGCUCUUUCUUUAAGAUACAAUCUGACUCCAAGCACUUUAUGCAGCUUCUCCAAAUGUUCCUUUGUCAUUAAUUAUACAUGACUCUGAAUAUGCUUUGGGCAGCACCAGAUGCCUCUAGCUAACAAAACAUAGAAACUCAACUCCAAGAAGCAAGCCUCAUAUCAUAGCUUAGUUAUUUAUAUUAUUAUAGAACUCCAACUACUAAAAUUUUGACAUUUCAAAGGAUUCUAUGGGUAUAUCCUAAGAAAUAGCCCCCAAAUCCUGAUGCAAGAAGGAUUGACUUAUUAAAAUAUAACACAAUCUAGUCCAAAUGAUGGUUUUAUGGGUAACUUUUGAUAUGAAUAUACUUAAUCCACAACCAACUGAUUUAAAAUGUACAUCAAUUGUGUUAACGUGAUGGAAAAUAUUUAUUGUUGAAUGAGCACAUUGAGCCUACCUGUGGGUCAAUUUCAGGAUCCUUGUGGUGGUGAAUGUAAAGCAUCCGAUGAUGUUGAAUAUACAGAUUAACAUAAUCUUGUCAGAGAAUAUUGAGAUAGUGUGCAAAAUUCCUUCCUCACACUUGUUUCAAACAAUUGAAACCUAAGUAUUAACUGUCCUGAAACUUUAUUUUUUCCCUUUGUUUCUUUUCACACUUCAUGAAAACAAAGUAAAACAAAUAAUAUAGUCAUUGAUAUUUUUAUAACACAGGGAUAAUCACAACUAAUCUCAUGCUGUAAACGAGCUUUAUAAAGUAAUGAAUAUUCUUAGUUUGUGUGUAUAUGUUUGUUGAAUGUAGAUGUUACAUGAUUAAGGAGUAAUGUAUUUGGGAAGACUUGGGAUGGUAGAGACGUCAAGUUUGUGUCUUUUAUUUCUAAUAUGUUGUGACCAGAUCACAGCUUCAAUCAAGAACCUCAUUGCUAUUCCAUCCUUACUAAGAAACGGCAAAGUUCAAUGGUCUAAUUAAUCUUCUUGAAGGUAUCUGGCUGGCUUCACAAGAAUUACCUAGGAAGUUUUAGAAAAAUAAAUUACUGGACUUUACCUUCAGAGAUUUGGAUUCAGUAGGUUUCAGGUAGGGCCUAGGAAUCUGCAUGUAGAAUAUCACUCUAGAUAAUGCUAACAUAUAGCCAGAUUUGGGAAUCGUUGAAGAAUAUGCAAAUAAUCUCAAUUACUAGGAGUAAACACAAAUUGACUGAGAUAGCAAUAUAUUAUUUCAUUUGUCAUUGCUUUGCAAAGUUAAACACUCUGGGCUUCAUGCCAUUAUUUCUUUCACAAAUUUUAAUUUUAGCUUUGGUUUCAAAUUUAUAGUCUGUUUCCACACAUGAGUCUUCAAACUUAUUAGAGAUAGACAUCAACACUGAUAAGCAUGAGGGAUGAAUAUUGCUCACUAUAGGGCUAUCAGACACACUAGCUAUGGCGCUAUUGUCUUAAUUAUUGCCAGAGCUGUGCAGUACAUCACAGUUGCUGAUCCUCGCCACCCAGGUGUAAGCUAUGAACUUUAGGACACAAAAGCAAAUGUUGAAAUGACAGUCUAUGUCUGAAUAUUUUAACUUCAUUACAAAAAGAUACUAACUUACUACUUAAUCUCACUAUGUACUUUUCACAUUGAAUUGUACAUUCAUCUGAAAGUGACUUUCUUAGCAAUACCUAUAACUAUUUUAAAAGCAAUAAUUUAAGCCAUGGUGAUGAUGCCAUAUGACACUUGCACUCCUGUGCACUUCGUAGAACCUUUGGGAAAAUAAAGACAUGUUUCAUAUAAGCAAUAAUACAGCUGGUUUGGACUUUUAACAGAUAUUCACUGUUCUGUAGUAAAAUGAACAGCACAUGAUGACUCAUAAAAAAAUAUUUGAGCAAAUGACAUGAUCAAUCUCUCUCAGAAGUUAUACAUUUGCAAACAUGCUAUAAAACAAUCAGUAUAUUCCCAUCAGAUUAUUUCUGGUGUAUAAUUUUAAAAAUACCUAUCAUAAUAUGAUUUCUAUUCCUCUCAAAGAGAUUUGUAUGUUAUUUGUAAUGUUACCCAAAUCUUUGGGUCUUUGUAUGUAAAAUAAUAAGGAGCAAGUUAAGGAUGAGUGAAUAUGGGUAGAGCAUAGGUUGGAAGAACUGAUUGAGAAAGUGGUCUUUAAAAAUGUAAAUGGGACUUGGGAAAAAAUAAUCAAAUGUUGAUUUGAUAAGUCUGGAAAGACUGAAGAUAAAAACAGCUCACUAUGACUAUUCUCUGUGACAGCUACACAAAUGUUUAAAUUAUAAUAGUAUUUUAACUUCUGAUAUUAUUGGCUGAAGUCAUCUGUAGUAUAAUUAACCAAUGUCUGAAAUAGUCAUGUGGUAAUAUUGAGGAAGCACUAAAUCUUACAAAUUUCAAAUUGAAUAAUUUAUGUUUUUAGUUUUUUUAAAAUAUAAUUUAAAGACAUGCAGUAUUGUCAGUAAUAAUUAGUCCUUUAAUUAUUAAAUUCCAUCAUAUAGAACAAUGCAUUGGGAUUGCAGUUAAAAGCACUGGUAAACUUACAUUACAAUGAGCAAUGUCUAAACAUCAGAUGAUUAUUAGCAUAUAAACUGAGAUUCAUCCCCAAACAUCUAAAUAAAUAAGGUUCCUUUGCCUAGCUCAGUAAACUGAUCCCUAAUCAUGAAUCUGAACUUGAUUAGAAUUAAAAUGGUAGAUAGGUUUGCUCAUUUUUUACCUUUAUCUUCCUAUUUCCAAUGACAAAGCUUAACUUAGCAUCCUCCUGCCCAUAAUUUGGAAAACUGCCCCAUCAGAAUAAAGGAGGAUUGUGGAUUCACUGAAAAAAUUUUGACAAUUUCCUUUUGUAUGUCAAUGAAAACUUAAAUCCUUUAUAAGUAUACUUUUCUGUGUUAAUAAAUAAUGAAAAAUACUUAAUUUGAAUUCACUAAAUUAUAUUGAAUUUGCCCUUCUACUUAAUCCAUCUAGUUUCUGAUCAGGUCAUUCUUAAUGUUAGAUCUAAGUACUGUUGUUUAUUUUUUGAAAGCCAAAAAGAAAAGCAAAAUCCAAAUGGCAAGCCUAAGAAGUAGCUUGUUUUUGAUUCUUAUAAUGCAUAUUUUUUAAAAAUGAAAGUUUUAGUUUAUAUUCAGUCUUCCUCUUGGUCUUGUCUCUAUUUGGAGAUAAAGAAAAGCUUCUGCUAAACAUAUUUUUACUAUGGUCUAUAAAAAGUCAUUGUAUGUAAGUGGGACAGGAAAGUAAUAAUUGGGAUAAAAUCAGAACUGUACAAAAUUGCUUCUUCAUAUCAACUCACUUUCUGAAGACAGUUCCUUAUAUUUUGCUGCCCAUCAAUCAUACAUCAAAUUCAGGAGAAAGAGGUGGAUGGUGGAGUGGACUGAGCAGGUGCUUUAGAUGAGACUGAUUUUUUUUUUUUCAGAAGGGAGACUCUUAGGAGAGGCAUUUUCCUUAAUAGACACCUGUGGUAAUGAAAUCCAAAUGAUUUAUUUGAUGAGUGGUUACUCUUAUUUUUAAAAAAAGAAAAGAAGAAAAAAAUAAGAAAUAAACAAAAAAAAAAGUCUUCACCAGCUUUUUCAGUCAUCUUAAAUGGUACUGCCAACCUCUCUGCAGAUGUACAUCUUACUGAAACUGGGAUUAGAAACUCACAGAGCUAUAAAAAGCAAAUCUCUGAAGGUGGCAAAUAGAACCAGUCUUGGUUGCAAUGAUGAAGGUGUGUGAAAGUGUCAGAACAUCUGGGUGUAAGGAACAAAGAAGGCUUCAUACUGGCUUUCCAUAUGUCACAGAAAGGCCGGAUAGAAUCAGCACAAAAGAACAGUAUUCAGUGUACAAAUGAUAUUAAACCAAAACAUAUUUCCCCCUCUAUAAUAUGUUUGGCUGAACUAACAUUCAGUGUGAAGACUAUAUUUUAUGUUUUUUCCCCUGAUAUUAUAGGAAUUAUAUCUUCUCCCAGUUGGGAAAUUUAAUCACUAAGUUCAGAAAAUAUUUUUGUGUCCUGAAACCUAUUAAAAAAAAUGGGCGGGGGGGGGGGCCGGGAUUAAACAAUAUUCUAUACUCUUCUUCAUGCUCUUCUUACAUUGGGCUUGCCUGCUAACAGAACAAGACAGGUACCCCCCAAGACAAUCCCUCUUUUCAGGGAUGCUACUCCAGAGAGCUUUGAGCUGGGGAGAGAAUCACACUACAGCAUUUGAUGGUGAACCUUGGUAGAGAUGAAGGUGUACCCUCAGUCUUCCAAAUUUAAAAGUUGUUAGGUAAUUUCUUAUCAUUCAAAAAUUUUCCACUCAGCUGUAACUAGAUAAUUUGUGCAAUGUUUGUUUAAAAUGGAAAAUUUUAAAGGGGAAAACAAAUCUAAACAAUUUUUAAUCAGAAUUAUCAGUGACAAAGGUAAACCAGGACAAAGAUUCAUUGUGCUGAAAAGAGUCAAUUUACAUUCAAACUCAGAAUUUUAGAAACUUUUGGAAGUUUUCUACAUGUAUCAAGUUCUUCAGCAAUAAGAAAGAAAUUUGUUUUAUUGCUGGGUUCCUUUGGGUUCCAUCCUCUGGUGAUAAUACCUAAAUUUGAAUUAUAUUUCAUUGAUUUUUCUCAUCCAUUUUCCAUUUGUUACAGAAAAAAAAAGAUCUAAAAGAUGUUACAAAUAAGACAAACUUAAGAAUUGUAGCAUUGAGCCAUGGUUUGCAAAAUUGACAACAUUUUUUGCUUUACGUAUUAAACAAGUUUUAAUAGUAUAAGGGUUAAGGGAUAACAGUACAUAAUAUAGUAUUCAGACCUGUUCACAUUAUAUACGGCAAAGAUUUUCAAACUGCCCAGAAUAAAAUUUCUUUUGAAGUCAGAUAAUAUUCAGAUCUUAAAUUACUUCUGACCAGCAAAAAAUUAGGCAUUUUCCUACUAAUCAAAGCUUAGUUCCUGGAGCAGUUCUACUGCUGUGUCCCUUUUAUUUAGCAUUGCUAACUUUCAAGGUUAGGGGGAAAAAUGUGACUUUCUUCUGAGACUGGGGUGAUCUGGAUCACUGUAUUUGCCUAUAAAAAUCUUUUUUUUUUUAGCACUUUAAGCUAAAAUCCAAAAUGAAGCAAUAAACUAGUAGGUUAAUUUGCCAACACCAUGAAGCUCUUCCUCUAGAGUUUAUUGGUAUAAGUUACCAUAUAGAAACCAAUAGGCUUGACUUGGACUCUCAGAUAAAUUGCUUUUAUAGUCUUUGACUAAAGAGUAUUGUCAAGAAGACAUAUGAUCUCUGAUGUAAGAUAAACACUAGCCAUAAAAAAAUCUAGAUAAACUAGAGAACUCUAUAAUUACCUAAAAUAAUUCAGGGGGAAUUUUAGAAUUUUUUUUAAAUUUUUGCUCCUAUGUAAAGAUAAUUAUUAUUGGAUGGCAGCCAAAACUAUUAUUGCUAUCUUUUUAAUUUGUUUCAAGUAUGUCACCAGGCACUUGUAAAAUCCAUCCCUUUCAUUUGUUAUGUAACUCAGUGAUCUGGAAUAAUGGGUGCUCAUUGCUUUUACUUUUAAUCCUUAGAACUCUUCUUUAUUCUCCUACCAAAAUGCAAAUGAUUAUCUGACUAUGUGAGGUGUACUAUUUAUGAGAAUAUAUGAAAUAUUUAGUUUAAUUCAGUGGAUAUGCAACAGAGAAAGAAAGAGAAACCACUAGAGAAAAUGAAGAGAAAAUCAAACUUUGCUGACAUUAAAAGUAUGUCAUAGUCCAACCUUGUAACCAAGGAUAAAGCUGAAAAUAUUGAUAAUUGAUUCUAAUUUUUUUUAAAAACCACAGAUUCAUACUUAACAAAAUGUCACAAUGAGGCUCAGCAUAUCAAAAUUCUGAUAAAAUUAAGAAACUUAAUAAGUAUUCUAAUCAUAAUGAAUAUUUAAAGGAACAAAAGAGCUUCUCACAUUAUAUAUGCCUGUAGAAGCAUAAGUUUUUUUCUUGCAAAAUUUGGUACUAUGCCUUCUAUCAAUAUAUGCUGUACAAUCUAAUUAGGCAUUAGUAUAGGCUUUAUGCUAAUGAGAUACCAUGCUAGAAUCCAAAUAUCAAGGUUGGUUAUAACUUGAAUGUUAAUAGAGUUUGUUAUUAUUUCUGAAUAAGACUCUUAGUAAAUACAUAUUGUGUUUUGUGCAAUUAGUGCUUUAAAUCUUGUCAGCAUCCUUAGCAUUCUUUAUUUCAUUUCCUCCCUCUCUUCCUCCCUUCUUUCCUUUCUUCUCUCCCUCUUUUCUUUCUCUGUUUCUCUCUAGCUCUUAAAAGGUACAUGGCAAUAGUAUUUUACUAUUUGGGCUGAGACCUUCCUUUUCCACUUUCACAUACUGAAACCUUUAUGGACUUAUGAGGAAGGAAGGUAAGGAAGAAAAGGUGAGCACUUAGCAGAGAGCAUUUGGGAACAGAAGUGACUAAGAGAAUCUGGACCUUAGCUUCAGCAGGUUUGUCAGUUAAGAGAAACAUGGGUCUAUAAGAUUAUAUGUGUGUUCUUUUCCACUGAAUUUAAACACUUUCUCAAGUAGUAUGAGGGUCAACUAUUUUUUAGAAAUCUCCUGUCUUUAGCACCUAUGAAUGUAUUAAUUUAGAAAAAUUUUCUUAUUUUUGAGAAGUAAAAUGUUCUUGCUUGGGUAUUGUACUGCUAAAGAUUGAAAUAGAAGACUUUUUCUAUUUUUAGGGCAACUAUUUUCUGAAAAGUAGUUUCCAAUAAGAAGGAAAUGCCAGAUGCAGCUUGAUUUCACUGGCUCUUUAGAGUGAAUGGUUGUCCUUUCUUUCUUCCUGGAUACCCUCUGUAACUCUGCUUGGCAGGGCACCAUGUUUUGAGGUGCUUUUUGAGAGUCUCUAAACAUUUGUCUUCGAUUCUAUAAGUCUACUCUACUGAAAAAGCAAUACUCUAUUGUAUAAAAAUAUAUCACAUUUGUUAUCUGUGUCUGAGAUUUUAGCCUAUAUUCAGAUAAAUGUUUUUGUCCACAAUUUUGACCUGUUCAUAAGAAUUCACAAAUUGCCACGUUCUUAGAAGUAAAAAGAUAUAGCUUUAAUCAUUUUAUGAUGUAUCAAGGGAUCAAUCAUUAACAAAUCAAUCCAAAGCCAUUUAUUUUUCAGAGCCAAUUAAGUCUGAAAUUGAAAUAUUUUAUUUAUAAAGGAAAAUAAUUUUAUUUAUAAAAGAAAAUAAGUCAAAGACCAAAUUUAAAAGAGAAAUAAUGGGGAAGACAAAAGAGUAAUUUUAGGAAACCUCUUCCCCUGCAACAUUAUAAUAACUUGAGCAAGUCUUGAAUAAGAUUUUAAAAGUCUUUAAUUCUCCAAAUCUAAAUUUUUUUCAUACUUUAUGUAAUUAUAUUAAUAUUAUAUUCAAACUACUUAACAAGUUUUCUCCAUAAAUUCAUUUGUGUUCAUUAAUUGAAAAUCAUAUAGGAAUAUUAUGCCUUUUUUCCUUUUUGGAAAAAUAUGCUUCAAUAAGUCAAAAGCCCUUUGAAUUUUGAUUCUCAUUUCCUAAUUAUGUACUUCAGAAAUCUUUAGCAGAUCAAGUAGUCAAAGGAAGGAGUUUGAAAAUUUCAGAAAAUUAAAAAUUUUUGAAAGGGAAUAUAACACUUAUCAAUUUAUUUAUUUCAUCCUGACUAAUUUAUUUAGAAAUUGUGAGGGGAAAGGCAGCCACCAUAUAAAAAGCAUGUGAAGAUGCUUUUUGUCUUAUUCCUGUAAUUCUUCUUAAAAAUAAAGACUUUGUCUUGAAAUUAUAGUCAAUAUCAAUACUUAUUCAAAUGAAGAAAUAUGACUUUCAAUACCUUUACCAUUUUUAUUUACUUAGGGAAAUAUUUUUAAUGGUAAUUCUAAAAAUAGAAGAAAUAUAUAUGAGGAAAAUGGAAGAAAUUAAGGUGAAACUUGAACAACUGUGAUCCAAAGUCCCAGUUAUUUCUCUGUUUUGUUGCUUCCUCUGGAUGGAUAUCUAAGGCUCAAAUGUGCAAAAUCCGCAAGAUACUAACUCACCACCUUCAAGAAUCUGGAGCAAAAAUUAAUCCAACUGUUCAGAAAUUAUUUCACAUCAUCAUGACAGGUUUAGAUCCCUAGGAAUGUCAGGUUCAAUAGAAAAACGGUCCAUGGACAUAAAUUACUUUCUGAUUUUUUUCAAUUAGAGUUGAAUGAACAGUUGUUUCCUUAUUUAGAAAAACAGAGAGGUUUGCCUUGGAAAGGUUUAAAGCUCCUGUAACUACAUUAUAACAUUUGUAAUCAAGUAGCAAAACUGUCUCAUUAUGCUUUUAAAAUUUACCAAUCAAGUGCAUUUCAGAAAUAAUGUAUAUCAUUCUUCAUUUGAAACUCAACCUACCUGAAUUCUGACUCUUCAACUGUGAGUAGCCACUUUACAAAACCAAAGGGUCUCAUUUCCCAAACAGUUCUUUAUAUAUCAAACUUCUCCUGCUAAUUUCAGUGCAUAAAAUAAACUGCCAAUGCAUUUCCAUCAAACAUUCAGGCACUACAUAACAGUUAGUAGGUUUCCCAACUUAAUAAAAACACAUAGUUAUAAUGUGCUUGGCCUUCAUUAGCUUCCUCUGCAUGGGAUAGUUUUUAUCUAACCAGAUACUCGAGUUGUUUUAACAUUUUGGCCAAUUGGUUUGCUGCAGUUUCACAGGUCUAAAUUUUUGGCUUGGCUUGCUAUGUAAAUAAUAAUGUACAUCUGCUAUUUUGCUAACAGAUCAUACUUGUGAAUCAUUUCUUUUAACAAUCUAGUUAUCACAAACUGAAAUUAUAAUCUCAUCAAAUAAUGCCAGGUAAAUAUACUAAUAUAUAUGUAGGGCAUGGUUAAAUUGCACAUAUUUUGAAAUAUCAAGUUUUUUUUUUCAUUUUUUAAAAAAUGAAUGCAUCUCUUAAACCUGUACCAUUAAUUUUAAAAAGUUUCAUUUGGUGUUUCAUAUUAUAUUUUAAAAUAUUUUCUUUUAUCCAGUAGUAUGAGUUUAGAGAAAUCUUUUCCAAUUAAAAUGAUCAAAUAUGCCUCAUUUCACUAGAAUUUUCAGAAUAAAUAGUACAUGUAAAAGGACAUAAGUAUUUAUAGAAUUAUAAACGUUCACUGUAUCUUCUUUGUUUUUCACUACCACCUAUUUUACUCAUUUGUUUAUUUGUGAUUAUUCUACAUCAUGCACAAUGUAAAUAGCAUGUUUUUGACACAAGAGUCCUUGUAAAGUACAGACUGCAGAAAAAGGUGAAUUUGUAUAUGAAAAAUGAGUGAUGGUAACAUGGGAUUCUUCUGAAAAAAAAAAGUGGAAAUAAUAGUGUAUGUGUGUGUUAUAUUUACAUAAUUCAUUACAAAACUGUCUAAGUCACGCAUUUAUUUACCUUAAAAGUUCAAAUAGUCACAUAAAAUAUUUAAAUCAAUAAAUGAUACCAAAAAUGA